AUGACAUUGGAUGAAGUAAAAGGAGAAUUGGAAAAGUUGAUUGUUUCCAUGCAUGUUGAAACUAAAUCUGAUAGUAAAAACUCAGAGGAAGAAGGAGAUGAUAUCAGUUUUAAUUAUGAUGUGAUUGGUAAGGACGUUCCUAGAUUGGUUGGAAAGACCUAUGUGAAUGGUGUGAAAAUGUCAAAUGUUCCACAUUUUAUUGUUUCACUUAUUGAUUUAAUUUUAAAUAGAGGAAUUCCAACUGAAUUACAACAACCAGGUGAUAACUGUGCUGUUGAUGUUCAUGAAUAUUAUAAUAAUUUAUAUGCUCAAUUGAGUUCAGUGAUGAAACAAAAUAAUAUUGUAGAGGAUAGUGUUUCAUUGACAAGUUAUUUAAAGUCACUCUUCAUGGUCCACAAUCCAGUCUUUCAACUUUUGAGAUCAUAUAAUCAAAAUGCUAUUUCUCAACCUGUUACAUAUUACAAAUUAAUUUUACAAACAGUUCACAAACUUCAAUUCCAAGAUAAGGAUUGGAAUGUUUACUGGGACAUUACAGAUCAUGACAUGUAUGGUAAAAAGAGAACUAUUUCAGUUACACACGUAAGAUCUGAAAAAUACCUCUCAGAUAGACAAAUUAAAUUUAGUUUUUCAUGGAGUAUUAAAUUCGAAUAUGAACAAGUUGUUAAGAGUAUUGAGGAGUAUAAUAGAAGUCCAGUUUCAAACUUGGAAUUAAUUGCCCAAAAGGAUUACACUCCAGCUCGUUUAACUCAAGUCACCAUGAGCUUUAAUAAUCUUGAUGAAUUCUAUGAAAAUGUUCCAUGUGAAAAUGCUUCCUUCUCCUCAAAGGAAAGUACCAUUGCCUUCUUGGAAUACAUUUUCGAGAGCACUUCUAUCAAGUUUUAA